AUGCCAAACAAGGUUGAUGACACGCAGUACCAGCAACGUGCAGCCACGACCAAAGCAACGGCAGCCACAACCAAAGCAACGGCAGCGACAACGAACAGUGACAGCAAACGGCCACGACAACGCGAGUUGGGGGGCGUUGAACACGAUAGAGAGAGAGGGAGAGGGAGAAAAAUGCAACAAAUUGUUUUGAGCUGGGAGGGAUACGUGGUCUGCCUGCAACAAGCGCAUCUCACGGCAACAACAAGUUGCCUUGCCGGGCUUAGUGCAUCUGCAACAAUGGCGGCCUCUCACGAGCGUGCCGUGUGUGCUCCUCGCUGCCCUUUUGCCUUGGAGCUCUGGCGUUUCACCACAGAAGAUUCCAGCGAUUUCGGAUUUGCGCAGAAACGUAUCUUUUGUUACAGUUACGUUCAGCAGCACGUUUCUCUCUCUCUCUCUCUCUCUCUCUCUCGCGCUCUCUCACUUUCUCUGUCUCACUUUGACAAUGGCAGCGACAAUGUGGUGGUGCGCCGCACUAAGAAGCGCGGCAUUCAUCCGAGGGUUUUUGAAACGGAAAUCGUCAUGACCAACGGUGCCACCAUGCUGCUGGAUGAGAGUGUGCCUGGCAAGUUUCAGCGCAAGCUGACGGAAGAUAUCUACAACACCGAUCCGUGGGUACCCAAGGACAAGUUGCCAUCUCUAUCGCAUUGUGUGUGUGUGUGUGUGUGUGUGUGUGUGUGUGUGUGUGUGUGUGUGUGUGUGUGUGUGUGUGUGUGUGUGUGUGUGUGUGUGUGUGUGUGUGUGUGUGUGUGUGUGUGUGUGUGUGUGUGUGUGUGUGUGUGUGUGUGUGUGUGUGUGUGUGUGUGUGUGUGUGUGUGUGUGUGUGUGUGUGUGUGUGUGUGUGUGUGUGUGUGUGUGUGUGUGUGUGUGUGUGUGCUGCAGAACAUGCCGUUUUGA